AUGUCUUGUCGCUGACUGUACUAACUAAUAACUUACUAUACUUCCAUGACAUCUCCUCCUCCUCAACUCUUCCUCCCACGAAUAGAAAGCACCACUCUCACCAGACCUCCAGGCCUCCCUCGCUCUGCCCACCUCUUGCCUCUCCUUUAAGCCUUCUUCUGCGCCGACCUUUUGUUACUUUUACAUCCUAUUUCUUCGCUUUUGCAUCCACCUCAUUCUCCCUCCUCUACUCUACUCCUUAAUCAAACGGCUACCCGCGACAUCCGAAUCCAGGAGCUCCACCACCACAGUCAGCGCAUCUUCCUCUCUCGUCAGCCUCUUCUUCACUUCCACAUAGAGGAGAUAAUAAUACCCCGACACUGCUCUCUGGACAACUACAUUUCACCACCUCACGAUCGUGUCGUCACAAAGAAACACUCCCACCUAAUUGAACCCUGCCAAUCCCCCAACUCCGCAGCCAUCCGCCAUGGCGACCGCGAACAUUUCUUACGAACUUCCUUCCUUACCGGAAUAUUCUCUCCAGCCGCUUCCUCCUUUACUUCCAUGGAUAUCCGAUGCAUAUCUUGCUCUCGCCAUGCCAAUCAUAGGCUAUUGGGUCGUCUCCAUGUUCUUCCAUCUAAUCGACGUUUACGAUCUCUUCCCACAGUACCGCCUACACACACCGGCCGAGGUUCUGAAGCGCAACCAUGUCACCAGAUGGGAGGUCUUCCGCGACGUCAUUAUACAACAGAUUAUCCAGACCAUAUUCGGAAUUGCAAUGGAUAUGCUGGAUGAGGACGCAAUGACUGGCAAGGACGAUUUCAACGUAGCCUGGUACGCCCAAAAGAUCAGGAUUGCACAAAGGGCCAUUCCUUUCAUUCUGGCGACCGUGGGCCUUAACCCGACUGCAUUAGCAAGCAAGUUGUCUGCUUCACAACCGAUGCUCGCUGGUGCAAUUGCUGGAGGACAAUACGGCGGUGUCGUCCCGGCAUUCCAGUCCUGGGAACUCCUGGUCGCAAAGGCUCUUUACUGGUACGGCGUUCCCGCAUGCCAAUUCCUAGCUGGAGUGCUCUGCGUCGACACGUGGGAGUACUUCUUGCACCGCAUCAUGCACACGAAUAAGUGGCUUUAUACCACCUUCCACUCUCGCCACCAUAGGCUCUAUGUCCCUUACGCGUAUGGCGCAUUGUACAAUCACCCGUUCGAAGGAUUUCUCCUUGACACCCUUGGUACUGGUCUUGCGUAUCUCGUUACCGGUAUGACGGUUAGGCAGUCAAUCUGGUUCUUCACCGGCUCUGCUAUCAAGACUGUCGAUGACCAUUGUGGAUAUGCCCUACCCUUUGAUCCCCUACAGCAUAUCACCUCCAAUAAUGCCGCUUAUCACGACAUUCAUCAUCAAAGCUGGGGCAUCAAGACCAACUUCUCGCAGCCAUUCUUCACUUUCUGGGACAAGUGGUGCAACACGAUGUGGAAGGGCGACUCUAGCUCACGUUACGAGAGGGCUCGCCGUACCGCUCAGCUGAAACUCGACCAGGAAAAAGAGACUACCGCGACCGAUGCAUCCCCGGAGACCAUUGCGGCUGCAGCCUCAGAAGUUGACGAUGCCAUUCGUGCUCAGCAGAUCUCUGCGCCCCGUAUCACCAGAAAGAAAGCAUCAAGCAUUUCACAAUCCCCAUCAGACAAUUUGAAAGGCCUACGCAAUAAGGUCAACGAAAGCCUGCAUGGACGCGGCGCAAAUGUGUUGGGCCUCGAAAGCCGACAUUGAUUACCGCAUAUCCAAGAGUGGCAACCAGCUUCGCAAGCGCAUUAACAAGAGUAGUGUAUGUAAUGUUUAGUAUCCUAGAUGUAUAAAACUUGCUUGGGGCUACUUCUCUUUUCUUUGUAUCAUUCUAUUUCCGGACUUCUCUUUCGGUCUACCAACUAUGCAGGCAGAGCUUGCUAGAUUUCACA